GUACCAAUGGAGGACACAGUGACGCCCGCUGGGAGACCUAUCGUCGACAGGGAGAAGACCGCCCCGUUUCUCAUCCGGACGUUCAUCAAAAUCGGGAGCUUCCACCGCCUGAAUGUGUUCGAGGAUGGCGCGCUCCCUACGACCGACGAGCAGCAAAUCUACACUUGGAAAGACGCGACGCUCGGCGAAGUGCUGACUACGCUGCGCAACACCGCGCCGCAGACGCCCGAAUACCGCCACCCGCUGGCGCGCUACUCCUUCCGCGCCGUCUACGCCGAUAGCGCCUCGCGCGGGCGCUUCGCGCAGAAAGACCUCGGCAUCGUGUACUCGCGCGACAUCCUCGGCGAGCCGGGCUCGCUCGACCACCCCGCGCCGCGCCUGACGGAGGACGCGCGCGCGGAGUUGAGCGACCGCGAGAAGGAGGAGCGCACGCUCGACGAGCUGCGCUUCGUGCCCGGCGACUACAUGUGCGUCGCGGUGAUAUUGCCGAAGAACGUGACGGUACCCGGGGCCGGAGGAGAGUUGGCCGUGAAGGGUGCGGGGGCGGCUGCUGCGGCGGCAGCGAAUGGGUGGAAGGGCGCGGGCGGGGCGGGGAGAGGGGGCGAUGCGGGGUGGGGAGGGUCGUUGGCGCCGGUGGGCGCGGGGCGGGGCGGCGGGCAUUGGCGUGGGGAGUCGAAUGGGCCGCCGGCGCGCGGCGGGAGAGGGGGCGGUCGUGGGGACUUUGCGAACCGUGAUAGGGAGUACGAGGGGCCGAGGGACAGGAGGCCGCCGCCGCCGAGGAGAGGGGAAUCGCCGCCCGCGUAUCGGGGACGAGGGAGGGGUAGGAGGAGCAGGAGCCGGUCAAGGAGUCCCCCUCCUCACAGGAGAAGAUGAAAACUACGGCACAUUGCCUUUCAUGUUGUUGCUUUCUAGUGUGUCAUGUUCGCUUCACCGUUCUGACGAUCCUUUAUCUGACAUCCGCCAUGCUCGAGAUUUGAAGAAUUCAAUUCGUCGUGUCGCUCUGCUUUGCAGCGUGUUCUGGAUGUACCAGUGUGACAAGGAGUAGGGAUUGUCACAGCAUAUGAAGAUCUUAGUCUGAACCUUACCUUGUCGGAUGAUGCAGCCUGAUCCAUUUGUCAGGUUUCCUCUCGUCACUCUUGGCUAUCCUCGUUAGCCUCAGAAUGACGACGG